AUGCUGAGUAAUAAAUAUCUAGAAGAAAGGAAAAUUGCCGAUAGCAGGAUAAAAAAAUACAACCAUGUGACCUAUAUCAGUGUUGCAGUAUGUGCAAUAGCAUUAAUCACAAUUUAUCCUCAGAUGAUAGUUGCAAUAGUGGUAGGAGUAUUUGCACUCACAAUAAUGAUAGUAAUGAGUGGCAUAACUCAGAAGUACAUAGAAGAAGAACUGCAAAAAAAAAUGUCAAUUGAGUUAGAAAGUGAAAGAGAGAGUCAAACUACAUCAA